AUGUGGCUGUUCUACCAAGAUGACCCUCUAAUGAGGCUGUUCUACCCAGAUGACCCCCUGAUGUGGCUGUUCUACCAAGAUGACCCUCUAAUGAGGCUGUUCUACCCAGAUGACCCCCUGAUGUGGCUGUUCUACCAAGAUGACCCUCUAAUGAGGCUGUUCUACCCAGAUGACCCCCUGAUGUGGCUGUUCUACCAAGAUGACCCUCUAAUGAGGCUAUUCCACCCAGAUGACCCCCUGAUGUGGCUGUUCUACCAAGAUGACCCUCUAAUGAGGCUAUUCCACCCAGAUGACCCCCUGAUGUGGCUGUUCUACCAAGAUGACCCUCUAAUGAGGCUGUUCCACCCAGAUGACCCCCUGAUGUGGCUGUUCUACCAAGAUGACCCUCUAAUGAGGCUGUUCUACCAAGUUGACCCACUAAUGAGGCUGUUCUACCCAGAUGACCCUCUCAUUUGGCUGUUCUACCCGGAUGACCCCCUUAUGAGGCGGUUCUGCCCAGAUGACCCUCUAAUGAGACUGUUCUACACAAAUAAUCCCCCAGUGAACUAUUCUACCCAGAUGACCCUUUGA